AUGUUUUCAAUAAAUGAAUAUCAAUCGUUAAAAAUCAAUGGUACAUGGAGAGAUCGUCUUCAAUAUGUUUUAUCAAUACCUAAUAAAGAUUCAAUAGAAAAUUAUUUAAAAGAAUCCUUAUUUUCAUCUUACGAUGAUUUAAAAAUGUUAAUUUUUUUAUCUGUAUCAAGUAAAAAUGAUAAAAAUUUAAUGGAAAUAUUCAAGAAUGAUUCAUUACCAAUACACCAACGAAUUUCUGCUGGUCAAUAUUGGAUUAAAUUUCAAAAAGAUGAAAAACAAAUUCAUAAUUUGCUUGUUGAAGUAAUUAAUGAUAAAAAUAUUGCUCGCUAUUUAAAGCAUCAAAUAUUAAAAGUUCUUCCUAGAAUAAAACUUUUAAAAAAAUCGAAUUCAUUUUUUUAUGAUCUUAUUUGUGAUUUAACUAAAUACAAUAAUCAUGAUCAAUAUAAUAUUGAUGGCCAUUUAGUACCUUGUUGUAAAAAAGAACAGAUAAUUAAUCUUUUAUCACAAUGGUCAUUAAAACGUUUCGAACAAAUCGAUUGUUUAUCAUCAUUUUAUUUUAAAUUAAUUCGUUAUCAACCUCUUAUUGUUUUACGUUUAAUAAAAGAAGAUUUAGAUGCAUUAAAAACAAAUGAUGAGAAAUUUUCAGAUUAUUUUCAAAAAAAUGAAAAAUUAUUUAAUUUACUUGCGAAAAAAAUUCCGAAAGAAUUAAUUAACUUAACAAUUGAAUAUUUAAAUCAAUUAGAAAAGCAUAAAAGAUUUUUACCACAAUUUAUUCAAUCGCAAGAAAAAUAUUUUUUCAAAAAAGUUCCUGAUCGAAUGAUUCAAUUAAUAACAAUUGUUGCUAUAAAUAAACCAGGUAAAAUAAAAUACAUGACAAGAUGGAGUCAAGAAGGAUAUGAAUUGAAUUCAUUGUCAUUGCCUACAUCAUUUUCUAUUGAAAAUUAUAUUAAUUUAUUUUUUUCAUUAUAUGAUACAUGUCAAUGGUCGUCAAAUAAUACAUUACAAAUUUUUAAAUAUCUAUUAGAAAAUAGAAAUUCAAAUAUAUAUUCAUUAAAAAAAGAAAGAAAAUGGUUAAUUGAUACAGUUAUUGAAGAACGUAUCGGAAAAGAAUUGUUUUUAGAAAAAUUCUUAAAGGAAGCAAAUGAAAAUUAUCUGGAUCUAUUUUCAAAUUAUCCGGAAUUAACAACAUUUCUUUCUUUUCAUUUAAUAUCAGAAUAUGAACGAAAUGGAAUAAUUCAAGAUAAAAAACGUUUAUCAUUAAUUCGUUAUCAACUGAUGACACAAGAUUUAUUUGAUCAAUUUUUAUCUUUAUUUAAAAAAACCUCAUCUGAUUUCCAUCAAAGACAAGAAAAUUAUCUUCUUUUUAUUCAAUGUGCUAUUUCAUCAAAUAAUAAUUUAUUUAUUAAAAAUGUUUUAGAAUUUAUUCAAAAAAGAUUUACAAAUGAACAAAUUAUUGUUAUUGAAUAUUUUUUACGCCAGUUGUCUUCAUUAAAUAGACGUUUUCAUAUAGAGUUUUUACCGAAUUAUUUUGAUUUAAUUGAAUCAAUUAUAAAUAUUGCAAUGAAUCAUUUACAACAAUCAAGAAAUACUUUAGAAAUUAUCAUUUCUUAUGGAAUAUUUUUACUUAAAAUUAUUGAAAACUGUCAAAACAAGCAGAAAAAAGAAAAACUUCAAGAGUUUGCUAUGAAAAUCAUUAAACGAUGUUACACCAAAAAUGAUAGUCUUACAAUAACUAGUUCAUCAAUAGAUGAAUCGUAUCAAGAAGCAAAUAAAAUAUUUGCUGAUAUUCUUCUAUCAGAUUUAUAUCCAAAAUUAAUUCAUAAAUCAAUGUUAGAUGAAUUAAACGAUUCAUUAAGUUCGUUUACAAUUAAAAUUUGGCGUUUACCACAAAUUGAUUCAUUUCUUAAUCUAUUUUUUACUGAACAUCUUUGUUCCUCAACAAAAAUCCAAUCAUCAUUUGAUAUCGACCAGCAUUCUUCAUUGAUUUCAUUUUUUCUCAAAAAUAAAUCAACACAACUUGAAAGAAUUAAUCAACUAAUUAAUAAUAUCAACAAAAUAUUUUUUGUUAAUACAAACGUUCAACGUAUUGCUUUACGUUCACAACAAUAUCGGCAAUUUAUAGAUGAAUUAAUUCAAGAUGAAAAAUGUUUGACUAUUGACAAAUUAUUAAAUGAAACAAGUGAUUUUCGAUUGAUAAAAAAUUCUGAAACAAAAAAUCUUAAAUUACCUGGAUUAAAUAUUGAAGUAUUAAAUUCUUGUUAUUGUUUAUUGACUGGAAAACAACAACAAACUAUAACUAAAAUUAUUUUAAAUGAUUAUCUUCAAGAUAACGAUAUAUCUAAUGUCGAUAAAUUGAAAUCUUUACGUGUUCUUCGUCGUUUAUCAGAUACAUAUAAUGAAACUGUUGAGUGGAUUAAUAAAAAACAAGGUUCUGCAUUAACAACAAAUAAUACAAAUGAAACAACUAGUGGCCGUACUCGUGGUGCUGCUGUUCAGCCAAUUGAUACUAUUGUUUUAUGUCUACCAGCUAGAUUUGAUAUAACAUCAGAAAAUUUAUAUAAACAUUUGGAUUUAUUAAAAAAUAAUUUAAAUACAUCAAAUGCGAAAUUUAUUAGUGAUGCUAUAUUAAAUAUUUCUCGUAAAAUAAAUGAUGAUAUUUUCUUAAAAUUCUAUAUUGAAUUUAUUUCCGAUGAAAAAUUUCCAAAACUUGGUAUAACAGCAAAUAAAGAAAUUCUUCGUUUAUUAAUUGAAUUUGUAUCAAAUUCAAGUUUAAUAAAAACUGUUGUUAAACCAUUAUGGGAUAAUCAUCCUCAUCAAGAUGUUCGCGCUUGUCUUAUUUUAACUUUACUUCAUUUUAUUGAUAAAAUAAAUCCAAAUAAUGAUGAUAAUGAUAUAAUUAUUUGGAAAAUUCUUGAACAAGCUGCAGAUGAUGAAUAUCUUCCUGUAGUUCAAUCUUUAUUUGCUGCUCAUAGAGGAGAAUCUCGUUGGCCAUUAUCAAAAUUAAAAUAUUCAUCAAAUAAUUUAUUUGAAACAUUUGUUAAUCGAAUACAAUUUAAAAUCUUAGAUCAUCCAACAUCUUUAGAAGCACGUUCAUGGGCUUGGGCAAAUGUUGAAUAUGAACAUUGUCAGACGAGUGUAUUGAUUGAAAAAGCUCAUCUUUUAUGUAUUCAAUUUGAUAAAAAUGCAGAUAAUCUAUGGGAAACUGCUUUUGAAAAAAUAAUUCUAUCUUAUAAACAACAAAAAAUAUCUUCAAUAGAUAAAGUUAUUGAUAUUAUUAAAAAAAUGAUGUCAUAUAGAGAGGAAAUCGAUUCGAAAGAAAAUGCUAUUGAUAAACAACAUGAUUUACCAGUUUAUCAUCGUAUUCAACAUCUUUUAAAAAAUCUAACAUCUCAUAUAGAUCAAUUUAAUAAUGAAGAAAAAAUUUCUUUUCGUUUACUUAUUCCAAUUAUUUUUCAAUUUGAUAAAACAUUUGCUCCAUUUAUUGGAAAAUUAUUAAUUAAAUUAUCUCAAACUAAAGAAGAUAUUGAAGAUGGACUAAAAAUGCUGGAAGAAAAUUUACCGGAAAGUUAUUUUGAAAGAAUUUUAAUUGAUUUAUCAAUAUUUAUUAAUAAAACAGAUUCUUGUCCUUUUAUUCAACAAUUAAAUGUUGAUGAUAAACUAAAUUUAGCGAAAUGGUUUAUGGAAGAAAAAAAUCGACCAUUGUUCAUUUUUGAUUUACUUAAAAAUCACGUAUUCAAUCAAUCUGGUGUCGAUCAACAGCAAUGUCAAAAUAUGAUUCGAAAUUUAAGACAAUCGAAAAAUUUAUUUCUACAAGAACAAGCCUUGACAUAUAUUGUACCUUGGAAAAAUGAUCAACUUGUCAGCGACGAUGACAGUGAUCACGAUAUCACUGAUUAG